GACCAGUCCUGUUUUGGCAAGACCACUCCUGGGGGCCGAGGUUAGGGGUCUCCCCACCUUUGUGGCUCAAAAUCUGUUGACUUGAAAAAGACUUUUGCUGACUUGAAAUGUUGUCCAACAAACCCGUUGGCAGGAAGAGAUGUGAGUGUAUUAUAUGGGCUGCAUUAGCAGCUGUUAACCCUUUUUUGGGGCAGCCAGCAAAUAUUUGGAAACGUCCCCUGGUUUUAAUUCUGCACAGCCAUUUCAACAUCACAGGGGUGGGGCGAAAGCCUGCCUCAUCCUGGGUGUAGAACAUGGUUAGCGUUUUCUUAAGCCUGGUCACAAUUCCGAGAACGCUGAAGCACACUGUUGAAGUAGCCUUGGGAAAGCUCCUGAGGCCUUGGCAAGCCAGGAACAGAGAGAAGAUCGGCACCUUUGGGGAGGAUACAAUUCCUGGUGGGGUCCUUGUUUCCGGCGGUCCCUAAAAUCCACCCAUCAGAAUCAAAAAGUGUGACCUCCUUGCAGGAUUCCUGUUGCCCUUACAAAGGCCAGAACCUUCGGAACAGAGGUACUUUGGGCUGGGCUUGUGGGUCAAUGAACCAGUGGAACUGCUUGCCACCAGAAGUUGUGGGUGCUCCAUCACUGGAAGUCUUUAAGAAGAGACCGGACAGCCAUUUGUUUGAAAUGGUAUGGGGUCUCCUGUUUGAGCAGGGGGUUGGACUAGGAGACCUCUGAGGUUCCUUCCAACUCUAUGAAAGCUUCUUGCAAGAACAGAUAACGUGGGUGGGUGAUGCCUUUACAGCUCUUCUGGCUUUCCAUGGCUUCAUUAUUAUUGCUGGUAUUUUAAUGAUCAUCAUCACCAUCAUCCUCACCAUUGGUCAGCUGCAGAAGGCCAACUUACUGGGAUCUGCUCGCCGAUACAUCACGCAGUCCUAAAUGCUUGGGAAUUGUUCGACUAGUGAUCUGUGAUACGAAAUCCAGCAUAGUUAUCUCGUUUGCUGUGUAUACUGUCAUUUUGUGUAAAUAAAAUAAUAAUAAUAAUAAUAGAAGAAUCCACUGGCAAAGCUAGAAAGGCUACAAAUUGAUAGUGAGUUCCUUGAGAGCUUGAUAAAAAUCGCUCUUUGCUCCUUGCACAGUGAAAACCUAGUUUGGAGACAGAAUGACAAGAGUUGGAAGGGACCUUGGAGGUCUUCCAGCCCACCCCUUCCUCAAGCACAUUUUCUUUCGUUUCUUUUAAGCAAGCUCUUUCUUGCUCAGAUAUGAAGAUAUUGGAGACUUAUCUCAACCUAUCUUAGAUGCCCCCUGAUCAGAGUCAUGUGUGGGAGGAACUAGAACCACAGGCAGGAUAAGUUUAUAACGGGCCAUUAGUCACCCCCAACGGAAGUAACAUUCAGUGGCGGCUGGCCAAAAACCAACGAGGUAUUAGAGGAAUAUAAUUCAGAGGCUACCUGACUGCAGUAGACACGGAGUAGGAGACACGUUAAAGAAAAGUUAGAGCAAUUUGAAAAAAAGUAAGCGUUCCUAAGCAUCCAGAAGGGAAAUUCAGAAUUCUAGAAGCCAAAUUCUAAAUGUUACUCUUAUAAACAUACCUGUAAGGAGAAAAUUCCUGACAAUGAGAACAAUCAGUGGAACAGCUUCUCCUCCAGAAAUUACGGGUGCUCCAAUAUUGGAGGUUUUCAAGAAGAGAUUGGACAACCAUUUGUCUGAAAUUUCCCGCUUGAACAGGAGGUUGGACUAGAAAACCUUCAAGACCUUCCCUUCCAACUUUAUUAUUCUUUUAUUCUUCCAGCCAGCAAAAGGAGGCAAGAGGGAGAAUACAGAAUAACAGAGUUGGAAGGGAUCUUGAAGGCCUUCUAGCCCAACCCCCUGCUCAAGCAGGAGCCCCUGUACCAGGGUGUCCAAUCAUGGUACUUUAAGACUUGUGGACUUCAAGUCUCUGAAUUCCUCAGCCAACCUUGUGCUUCUAAUAUUUGAGGGGCUUCUACAAAGAAGAGGGGGGUCAACCUAUUCUUCAAAACAUCUGAAGGCAGGACAAGAAGCAAUGGAUGGAAACUAAUCUAGGAGAGAAGCAACCUGGAACUAAGGAGAAACUUCCUGACAAUGAGAACAAUUAUCCAGUGGAACAGCUUGCCACCAGAAAUUAUGGGUGCUCCAACACCGGAGGUUUUCAAGAAGAGAUUGGACAACCACUUGUCUAGAAUUGUGUAGGGUCUCCUGCUUGAACUGGGGCUUGGACUAGAAGACCUCCAAGGUCCCUUCCAAUUCCAUUAUUCUAUGCCGUAAUUUUAUAUCAUACUUUUUAAAUUUCCUUCCUUCUCUUACAACUCCAGGGUGAUGGCCUUGGAAUAAAUCACAAGGAGUAGCUGUAUAUUCUUGCACUGAUGGCUGCUUGAUCCCCUAAGCCCAAAUCUUGGCAACUUUAAGACUUGUAGACUUCAUCUCCCAGAGUUCCUAUCUAAAGGGUCACCAGAUCAACCCACAUUAUUAAGUGGGGGUCUCCAAAUGUGGCAGAUGGAAGACUUGUUGACUUCAACUCCACAAGUCUUCCAGCUUUGCAGACUGGGGGAUUCUGGGAGACAAAGUCCACAAGUCUUCUACGGGAUCUAAGCCACUCAAGUUCCUUUGCCCUUUGCUGAAGAAGAAUCUGUGGGCAGGAAGACCAGCCAAGCAAACCAGCAUCUGGUGGUUCCUUAAAAAGCAUCACGGUCAUCACACACGGGCCGGCCGCUGGCAAGUAAUCAAUCUUGAGAGAUUCUUGACCUCUUGGCAAUUCAAGGAAUUGGCCUGAGAAAGAAAGAGGCCAACCCGAAGGGGUGCAAUCCAAUUUUUAUUUCUAUUUUUUUUUUUUUUCAGGAAAAGGCUGCCAUUUCAGGCAAGGCUUGAGAAGGUGGGACAUCUGACACCGCUCCUUCCAAGUCGUGUUGGUCAGCUGGAAACUUUGGGAGUGGGUCUCAAAGAGCUCUCCCUGGAAGGAUUCUGCAAGUAUCCCAACUCAGCUGCUCCAAGGAUUCUCUGAAGGUUGAGAAUCUUCUCUGAAGAUUCUGAAAGGAAAAUCCCGGAAGCCCCUUUAAAAUCUUUCCCUUGGAUUAAUCUGGCCGUCUCUUCUCACUGCUUGCUGGAUCUUGAUCUCAGCCGCACAGGGAACUCUUUGGAAUUCUCGCAGAGCACGUAGCCGGGCGUCUGGGCCCACCAGAAUCCAUCGGAUGGAAAUGGUUCCCAGUGGAGUUUUGGUCACCUGAGAUGAAGCCCAGGAUGGGUCGUGCCCCCAGAUCUUCCUCCCCGCCUCGUCUCUACCAAGUCCUCUGGGCCAUGGCCAUCAUGAGCCUCUCUGCCAGUAGGCCACUGUUGUGCCAGCAGGAAUCAAUCAGGCUGCUGGACGCCUUCAUGAAGGAGAUGGGCAAUUCCAGCAGCCUCGGGACUCUCUACACCCCAGAAGACAUCACGGUUUGCUAUGCCAACAACCUGGACUGCUUCUACCUGGAACUGCAGGCCAUCCAGGACGAGCAGGAGGAGCCCUCUGAGACCCUCUCCCGGCUCGUCCGGCGCCUGGAGCAGCUGAGAAGGAAGCUGCAAAGGACCGGCCAAGGCAGCCAUUGUGCCACCUACCCACCGUGCCACACUCACCCAGAGAAGCCUGCCAUGGCUUUCCUAAGGAAGCUUCUGGAGAUGUUUCAGUGGAGGUGCAGUACAAAAGACCUCUGCCCAAGUCCAGGGCCUGGAAACACCACCCUUAUCCCCCAGGCCACCUCUUCUUCUCCCACGUCUGCGGUGAAGGACCACCAGGUCUAGCAGAAGUUAAAAAGGAGCCGGUGCCACCCUAGGAGGCUGCUUCCAACCAGCAGAGAGGAGGGCUUCUCCCAGGCUGGUGAGCUGAUCAGGGAUGACGGGCGAAGACAACUUGAACCUGUUGACCAUUCAGCCCCGGCUCAAGUUGGAACCUGACUUAUUCUUCUGACAGCAUCUUCUGUGCCUGGGGGAACGAGGAAGUCCAGGACCCCAAGGCUUGGAAAUAAAUAGCCGAGCAGCCCAGCCUGUGCAGGAAAAUGGAAGGAUGGCAUCUUCUCCCAGCAUUCUCAAGCAGGUGAAAGGAGACCCAAAAGAAUGGAGGAAAAAAUCAGUGAUUUGUGACUUGGUCAGCUCUCUGCCAAUUCCCAAGAGCUAUCCUUCAAUGGCUACUGGAAAAAAAAAGUUUCUGUCUUCCUUUUGUUGCAAAUUUUGUUAUGGGACUUCAGUCCAACAAAUCAGAUGGAUUUACAGAAGCUGUAUAAACAAUAAUGCAAACAAAACCAAAGGAAAACAAAUAAAUAUUUUUAUAUCACGUACAACUAUAACAACAAUAAAACAAUAGCGAUCCCACCGAUCAGCAGAUCAGUAGGCUAUCAAGAAAAAAAAGAGGGAAUUUAGGUAACUUGGAGCCGAGUUGCUCAAGGUUUAUACAUUUGCCUCAAGAUCUUGGAGAUGUUUGGGUUAUUCCACGUAGUCCACGAUUCUGGCUGGGAAAUUCUGGGAGUUGAAGUCCAUGAGUCUUUAAAGUUGCUGCGGUUGGACAUCCCUGCCUUAGAUUCUGUGAUUCGACCCUAUCCAAAAGGAAUCCAAUUGCUACGAUCCAACUGUGGUUAUUGGUAUACUGAGGUCUAAAUGUAACCUCAUUGUCCCCCACUGCUAAUGGGGUAGUGAUCUUCUAAUCCAUUAGGAGUUGCUGGCUGGGGAUGAUAUGUAUUGUGAUCUCACUUCAGGAGGAACUUCCU